CAGUUAUACCUGUUAAACUUGAACUCUAUGAGGAGGAGGAGGAAGCCACUGCCGGGAAAAACAAAACAAAACAAAACUCCGCCUUUAAAAACCCCACAGACACUCGUGCCAUCUCUAAUCUGGACUGAGACUCGCGUAGACGUGCCACUGCUAUACAAGUUAAACAAACAGGAGGUUCAGCUAUUGUUACCUGUGGGAAGACUUUAGUCUGCAUCAUGUCUCUGACAGUGUCUCAGGGUGAGGGAAUGACGGUCAUCACAGUCACCCCAAACACAAAGAGCAAAUGGCCCGUUCUGUGUCAGAUUCUGAGACUUCUGUGCUGCAGUUCAGUGUGUUCUGUAUCUCAGGAUAUGAAAGGAAAGCUGUCGAACAGCCACACAGCUCUUGGGGUUGUGCAAAUGAUCGUUGGUAUCCUCAAUAUUGUGGUGGGGAUUGUGUUUAUAUGCCUUGGGCUAUACUGGAACAUGUAUAGGAUGGCCAUGGGACCCUUUUGGCUCGGUAGUGUGUUCCUUGUAGCUGGAAUUGUGUGUAUUCUUGCAGCUAAGUUUCCCAGCUCUUGUUUGCUGGUCAUCGGAAUGAUUGUGAAUGUAGUCAGUGCUGCACUGGCUAUCACAGCUGUUGUGCUGUAUUCAGUGGACCUUGGGAAUAGUCAUACUGGAUAUUACUAUGAUUCUUGUGAUCAAAGCUACAAUUCUUAUUCAGGCUAUUCACGCUAUGAUUAUGAUAGAUAUAGAAUCCCUUCCCCUGAAGAGAACAUGAGAAUUGAGACCUGUGUGUACUACAGGAAUCUCAGAGAGAUGGUCUUCAGAGGACUAGAUAUCAUGAUGAUAGUGUUGGCGAUCCUUCAGCUCUUUGUGACGAUCAGUUUCUGUGUUUUGACUGGGAAAGCUUUGUGCAAGAAGGAUGAAGAUGCAAAGGAUCCAGAACUUUACAAGCAGCUCCUGGAAGAUGCCAUUUCUGUUCCUGCAUGUUACCAUCGAUCAUGUGAUUUUCUGAAAACAGCACAAGACUGGACGCGGAUCUUCAUUGAAAAUUGCACUGUGGAACAAGGAAAUGUUAUACCUUAUGAGAAACAGGGACAAAACAGCUCCACCUUUAUCAGAGCAGGAAUAAGUCAACUUUCAGUCUGGACUGUUGAAGUCCAUCACAGUGUCUGCAGCAGCAUGUCUCUGACAGUGUCUCAGGAUGAGGGAACGACGAUCAUCACCAUCACCUCAAACCCAAAGAACAAAUGGCCCAUAUUUUGUCAGAUUCUGGGUUCUCCGUUCUGCAGUGACAGUCCAGUGUGUUCUGUAUCUGAGGAUAGUAAAGAAAAGCUGACAGACACCCAGAGAACUUCUGGGACUGUACAGAAAAAAGUUGCAGUCAAGAAUUUUGUGUUUUGCUGUUUUGUCUUCAUCCUCUUUUAUUCGGUGGGCUUUGGAGAAUUACAUAGCCAAGUGAAAGUGAUGUCAGUCCUUCAGCUCUGUGCGAUUAUCUUUUUCUGUGUUUUGUUUGAAAAAUCUUUAAACAAGAAGGGCGGAAGUGCAAAGUUGGUGGAGGACACAAAUUCAGAAUCCAGAAGUGAUUCAUCUCUGUUUGGUCACAGCUGUAACAUCACUGUUUCAGCGUCUCAGGAUAUGAAAGAGAAGCUGACAGACACCCACACAGCACUUGGAAUUGUACAGAUAAUAGUUGGUGUUAUGAAUAUCACAGUGGGUUGUUUUGGCUUUGACUCUUCAUUUUGGAUUGGUGGUGUGUUCCUUGUUGUUGGAAUCAUGUGUGUUCAUGCAGUCACGUUUCCCAGUCCUAGGAUGCUUCUAAUUCUAGUGAUUCUGAACAUAGUCAGUGCUGCACUGGCUAUCACAGCUGUUGUGCUGUUUUCAAUGGACCUGACAAUGGGAAACAGUUUAAACUGUUAUAACGGUUAUCCUUACUAUUCAUCUAGUAAUGAUUUUUUAAAGCGUGCCCUAGAAGAGAGUAACUUUGAGACCUGUUUGUACUACUGGAAUCUCAAUCAGAUCAUCAUCGGAGGACUAGAUAUCAUGAUGAUAGUGUUGUCGGUCCUUCAGCUCUGUGUGACGAUCAGUUUCUGUGUUUUGACUGGGAAAGCUUUGUGCAAGAAGGAUGAAGAUACAAAGGUGGUGGAGGACCCAGAACUUCACAAGCCACUCCUGGAAGACGACACUGCUAGUGCUGCAUGACAAGAUAAACACUUAAACACUUAUUUUUCUUUGUUUUUGUAAUGGAAAGUAAAAUUAUUUAUGUUGCCAUCUGCACUAUAGACAUGAAUUUACAUAUUUUAGUCAAAUAUUUUUGGGUACUUUUAGAAAGAAAAGGUUUGCUUUUUGAAAUAAAUGACUAAUAAAUGAACAUUUACAAUGUGUCCAAGCAGUGUAGCCACUUGUGUAAUUCAUCGGUUGACCAGAAAUGUUUUUUUAACCCGUAGAUUGUUUUAUCAUUUAAAAGUUGGCAAACUUCUCUUUGUGUAAUAGUGUGCAUGUAUAGUGUGAUUGUUCUCUUUGUGCUUCAUUUGAAAUAACCAGUUUUCCCUGUUUACAUGCAAACCAGUAUCCUGACAAUGCAAGUAAACCAUGUUUACAUGACUAAUAAUAAAUCGGGUUAUUUCCCUAUAGUGAUGUCAAAACAUAAUAAUUUGUGACUCUGAAUCAGACUCUUGAGUAUUCCAUGUGUUAUGUCAGUUGUGAUGUUAAAUAAAGCUUGCAACAUGUCAGCAGGAAACUUAUGGCUCAUAUAUUAUCCUCUCA